AUGCAUGAACUCGCGACCACUGUAUUUCAUGUCCUCAGAUCCCUCCGAUUUAAAUCCUCUCAUUUUAUAGCAUUUCCUUGUGAAACACCUAUUCACUGAUCCUGUCAUUACAGAGGUCCAAAUUUACCAUUUAAGCCAAGCUUCAACAUCUAACACAAGCUAUGCAUCAAACAUUUCUGGAAACGGAGAUAAUCUGAUUACCUCCCACUUCGGCGUGGACAUCAUGAUGAUGCUGAAAGGAAAAGAUUUGCCUCCGUUAAAUUGGAAGCUGGGCAGAAUCACUGCUGUGCAUCCGGGCAAAAGUAGCAUCAUCAGAGUUGUAUCUAUCAAAACGACCGAUCACCAAAAUAUGUGUUCUAUCCAGAGGGCGCCAUUAAGAUUCGACCUGAUCCUGACGCGACCUCCGAUAAAUGAAUCUCCGACGUCGAAUCCGAUCAAGGGUCGAUAAACUCGUAAUAUACUCUUUGUAAAUGUGUACUGUAAAUAAUAAGUUUCUCAUUUAGUGUAAAUACUAUAGAUAUAAACCAGAAUUCUUUACAUAACUGUAAGAAUAAUAAUGCUUUGUACAUUCGGUACGAAUCUUACGAUAUGCUUAGGCUAAAUAUACCGAUAUUUAGGUUGAACAUGUCGAGUAUGACAGUUCAAGAUAAAGCAGUUAAAUUAUGUAUAAUAAUUUCUUCUAAAAUCUUUCAGAACGAUUCAAGCAAUCUUCAAAGAACGAUUUAGGUUUUUCUUAUUUUUCUUCAGCACGAAGAAAUUUUUCAUCUUAUUUUUUUAGAUAUUUAUAAUCAAGAUUAA